AUGGCGGAAAUCAAAACAUGGACCGUGACCGAACCCUACCUCAAUCUACAUUGUGCUUUGGGCGAGGGGCCAUUUUACGAGGCGGAUAGAAAUACACUACGCUUUGUGGAUAUCAUGAAAAGACACCUCCAUACAGUUGAUCUUACCGUGGGGCCAGAGUCUUUGAAGACAUUACAGCUUGAUAUGCCUGUAGGUGUAACUGCUGAUAUCGAAGGCGUGGAUGCCAGCAAGAAGAUUCUGGUCGGGGGCAAGAGUGGGAUUUAUACUCUGAAACGGGAAACCGGCAAACUUGAACUGCUGAAGAGAUUCUAUGAUACCGAGGAGAAGGACGAAAGAUUGAGAAGCAAUGAUGGAGCGGUGGACCCAGAAGGAAGAUUUUGGAUUGGGACCAUGAAUGAUUUCUGGGUGGGAGAACCACAACCCGAAGGAACCAUUUUCCGCUUCAACACAGAUCUCUCACGUUACACCGCACGUUCUUCCAUAACAAUACCAAACAGUAUUCGCUGGUCACUGGAUCACAAAACCCUUUACUUCGUUGACUCGAAAAAGAGACGCCUCAUAGCUUUCGACUAUUCCGUUUCAACAGCUGAUCUUAGUAAUGAGCGCGUCUUCUUUGAGUAUGAGGGAGAAGGAGAACCGGAUGGGUGCAGAUUAGACGUGGAGGGGAAUAUCUGGCAGGCCAUCUACGGUGACAGCUGCGUGCUCAAGAUAUCACCCCAAGGCAAGGUGAUUGGACGAGUCGACUACCCCACAAAGAACAUUACUUGCCCCGUAUUUGUAGGGACUGAGUUGUGGGUCACGACUGCAGGUGGUGACGAGGAGAAGUACAGUGGUGGCGUUUUCAAAGUCGAUGUCGGGGUGGAAGGUCUGAAGGACUUCAAGUUCAAACUGGAAAGAGAUGUUCCAGGCUUGUAG